CCCAUGAUGCUCAGGCGGAACCAGCCCCUGCUGGCUCAGCUGCUCCAGCGAGCCCCUGCCUGGGGGCCCAGGAGAAAGAGCCACCUGGCUGAGGAAGACGUCGUUCCCUUUGCCAGAGCCGUCAUUGGCACAUUUUUCCAAGGGCAGCCCAGCCUUGGCAACCAGUAUCUGGAGGACGCUUUGCUGAGGGGCUAUCUGAAGAGGCAUCUGCCCCCCCAGGUCUUUGCAGAAGCAAACCAGGACCUGCAGAGAUUUGGUGCCCGAGUGUCAGGUGAGAUCCUCAACUUGGGUCAAGAGUGUGAGGCGAUACCCCCAAGACUGCAGCAGUUUGAUGCAUGGGGGAAGCGGGUAGACCUCAUCCUCACCUGCCCAGCUUGGAAGAAACUAAAGAGGAUUUCUGCUGAGGAGGGCUUAAUCGCCAUAGGCUAUGAGAGGAAAUACUCCAACUGGAGCCGAGUUUAUCAGGCAGCCAAGCUGUUCAUGUUCUCUCCCUCCUCUGGAAUGUUCAUUUGCCCCCUGGCCAUGACUGAUGGUGCCACAAAGGUCCUACAGGUGACCAAAAGCUCAGGACCACCAGGAGAAGCUUUCAAUCAUCUGACCUCGAGAGACCCAAAGCUCUUCUGGACUUCUGGCCAGUGGAUGACCGAACGCAAGGGAGGCUCUGAUGUGGCCCAUGGCACUGAGACAGUAGCCUGCAAGCAGGAUGAUGGAACAUACAAACUCUUUGGAUUUAAGUGGUUUACCUCAGCCACAGAUGCCGACAUGACACUGGCUCUUGCCCGGAUCAUGGAUGCUCAGGGCUCUGUGACCAAGGGGACCAAAGGGCUGUCCCUUUUCUUCUUGAAGCUGAGAGAUGAGCAGGGACAGCUGAAUGGCAUUGAGGUACAACGUCUGAAGGAGAAGCUGGGUACUCGCCAACUGCCCACUGCUGAACUGCUGCUGGAUGGUGCCCAAGCACAUCUGGUCUCCCAGGAGGGCCGAGGGGUGGCCACCAUCGCCAACAUGCUGAAUAUCACCCGGAUAUACAACUCCAUAGGUGCUGUGAGCUGCAUGAGGAGGAUAGUUGUCACUGCUCGAGAGUAUGCCACCCAGAGGUUUGUGUUUGGAAAGUUCAUCAAAGACCACCCAUUGCACACCCAGACACUCGCCCGGAUGGAGGUGCAGGUUCGAGGUGGGUUCCUCUUGGUUAUGGAGCUGGUCAGGCUACUUGGCCUGGAAGAGACCAACAUGGCGAGCACACAAGACUCUCACCUCCUCCGACUGCUGGCUUCUGUGGCCAAGCUUUACACUGGAAAGCAGGUAGUUGCCACUGUCUCCGAGGGGCUGGAAUGCUUUGGUGGGCAGGGCUACAUGGAGGACACGAACUUGCCAGGUAUUCUUCGGGAUAGCCAGGUGCUGACCAUCUGGGAGGGAACCACCAAUGUCCUUGCCCUGGACACUCUACAAGUCCUGGCUAAGAGUCAAGGGCAAGUGAUGCAGGCCUUCUCAGCAUCUGUCCAGGAGAAGUUGGCCUCGGCUUCAGACCGCUCAGAGCUGGCUUCUUCCAUACAGUGCCUACAGGAGGCCCUUGGGAGGCUGGCCUUGCAGCUGGAGAAGCUUCUAGGGCAGGGCAGAACUUCCAUGGAAAUGGCUGCCAGGGACCUGGCCUACACCUUGGCUCGCAUCUACAUAGGGGCACUUUUGGUAGAGCAUGCAGCCUGGGCUGAGGCUUCCCCUUCUGACAUCUAUGCUUCACAGAGAUGGUGUGAACAAGACCUCUGCCCCUUGGACGCUGCUCAGCAGGCUGGCUGCUAUGAGGCUGAUGCUCUUUGUCGAGACAUGGAUCUGGUCUACGAGGGGAGUCCUACUUACAAAACAAAGGAAAGUGCCCAGGCUUCCCAGAAAACAGUAGUCUAAGCAUGGC